GCGAAAAUGAUUGUUCUGCGCGUCGUUUUGUGCGAGGACGCGAUGCGUCAGAACCUAGCCAUAGACGUCUUCGAUGUAAGAAAGAAAACCUGGACUGGAAAUGAGUAUUGUUCGUAUUUCGUGCACAGGCAAGAACGCAGUGCCCUCAGCGACCGUACUAGACGUGACGGGCUUCAUGGCAGAGCUCCAGGGAGCCGUGGCUUCCAUCUUCAAAGGCAGCGCCACCAACGGUAGCCCCGUCGCAGCAGAGGCGGUCUCGGCGCCUUCUCCAACGACCAGUGCUACAUCACAAGUGGCACUGUUACCGGAUUCUAGACGGCUGGAAGCUGAUCACGAACACCUUUUCGCUGCGCUCGAAGGCCCAAGAAAGAGCACGAACGGAACGACGCUGCAAAGGCCCGUGGGUGCAGGAGGCAGCUUCCCGCGGCGCUGGCUGCGCCGCCUGCGCGCCUGGCACUCCCUCCCACCGCUGGCGCAGGCGCUGCUUCCGGCCAUGACGUCGGCGGUCAGCGUGGACUCGCCGGUCGCCUUCUUCCGGCCGCCCUUCUACGUUCCGGGAGCACCGCCGGCGUACAACCUCGCUGCGCUGGGUCAGGUCAUCGCCCGGGCCCUGGCGCAUGAGCUGAUCGAGCGACGUCGCGCCGAUCCAGCCGUCGGAGAGCGCUGGCGUAGCUUCUGGGAAAGCAGCGACGCCGCCGACGACGACAGCAUUUACUGCCUGCGCACCGGACACAACAAGAACGACACCUGGCGGCAGCGGAGACUCAACGAAAGCGAGAUCGGCGACGCGGCGCGCCUUCGGGAAGCGCUGGGUUCCAGGAUAGCCUACUUGGCCUUCCAGAGAAACCGACGUAGCGCUGCCGCCGCCGGGGGUGGCGCUGUUCGCCGUCCGGCGGCCGCCGAUCAUCUGCCGGGAGUGAAUCUGUCGAGCAAGCAGCAGUUCUUCGUGAUGCACUGCGCGCUCGGCUGCGCCAUGGGAGGGGACCGUGGUCGUGCCCUCCCGGGUAGUCCGGCCGACCAGCUGCAACAGCGCUGCAUGGUCGUGUACCAGACGCGAAGGCGUCUCGUCGACCGAAGCUGCGGAGCCACGCUCGCCAGCGGUAGCGUGCCUAACGACUGCCGUUACAUAUAAGCUGCUAUUAAAGACGAUC